AUGGUGAACGCACCGCACGGAGGAGUGCUCAAAGACCUCAUCGUCCGUGAUGCAAGCAAGAAAGCUGCUCUCCUCGAAGAAUCGCACGGACUGCCCGACAUUUCCCUGGCAGAGCGACAGCUAUGCGACCUCGAGCUCCUCAUGUCUGGCGGUUUCUCACCGCUCGAAGGCUUCAUGAACGAAGCUGAUUACACGAGCGUCGUCGAGAAUCUGCGACUUGCUGAUGGCACUCUUUGGACAAUGCCAAUCACCUUGGACGUCGACGAGUCCCAAAUCAGGUCGCUCGGACUCAGAGCGGGAGCUCGCAUCACGCUGCGGGACUUUCGCGACGAGCAAGCGCUCGCUAUACUCACAGUGACGGACGUCUACAAGCCUGACAAGUCUAACGAGGCUGUCAAAGUCUUUGGCGCAGACGAUCUCGCUCAUCCUGCUGUCAAGUACCUGCACGCAACAGCAAAAGACUACUAUGUCGGCGGUUCCGUCGAAGCCAUCGCUGCGCCCGUACACUACGACUAUGUAGCCCUCAGAUAUACACCUGCUGAGCUUCGCGCACACUUUGUCAAGCUGGCUUGGCGACGUGUCGUUGCUUUCCAGACCCGGAAUCCCAUGCACCGAGCCCACAGAGAGCUCACUGUCCGAGCAGCGCGUCAGAACCAGGCUAACUUGCUCAUUCAUCCCGUUGUCGGCCUGACCAAGCCCGGCGAUGUCGACGCUUUCACUCGCGUGCGCGUUUACGAAGCCAUCAUCAAGACUUAUCCCAACGGUAUGGCCGCCCUGGCGCUCUUGCCGCUCGCCAUGCGCAUGGGAGGACCUCGUGAAGCUAUCUGGCAUGCUAUCAUUCGCAAGAACUUUGGCUGCUCGCUCUUCAUCGUCGGUCGUGAUCACGCUGGACCGGGCAAGUCAUCCAAAGGCGUCGACUUUUACGGACCCUAUGAUGCGCAAGAGCUCGUCACAAAGUACUCGAAAGAGCUGGAUAUCGAGAUGGUGCCCUUCCAGAUGAUGACCUAUCUGCCCGGAUCAGACGAGUACCAACCCAUUGACGAAGUGCCAAAGGGUACCCAGACGCUCGACAUCAGCGGUACCGAGCUCCGUCGAAGGCUCAAGACCGGUGCUCCCAUCCCCGAUUGGUUUUCCUACGAUGCCGUCGUCAAAGUGCUCAGAGAAUCAUACCCGCCUCGCAACAAGCAAGGCUUCACGAUCUUCCUCACGGGCUUGUAUAAUUCCGGCAAAGAUACCAUCGCGCGUGCAUUACAAGUUUCGCUCAAUCAGCAAGCCGGUCGAAGCGUCUCUUUGCUCCUCGGCGAGACUGUCCGAUCGGAGCUGUCGUCAGAGCUCGGCUUCACUCACGAAGACCGUCAUAAGAACAUCCAGCGUAUCGCCUUUGUAGCUGCUGAGCUGUCAAGAGCUGGCGCUGCCGUUAUCGCUGCACCUAUCGCGCCAUUCGAAGCCUCGCGCAAAGCCGCAAAGGAACACGUCUUGACCAAUGGUGGUGCAGGCGGUGGCACAUUCUUCCUCGUUCACGUUGCUACGCCUCUGGCCUACUGCGAGAAGACAGACAGAAGGGGGACAUACAAGCGUGCACGCAAUGGUGAAAUCAAGGGCUUCACAGGCGUCGACGACGUAUAUGAGGAUCCGGAAAAGCCAGAUCUGGUCGUCGAUAUGUCGAAACAGACCGCUUCGGAGAUUGUGCACCAGAUCGUUCUGCUGCUCGAAGCCAAUGGACUCGUCUAG